GCUGAGUGACACCCGCCGAAUGCGAAUGCCAUUUCACAUGUACCGUCUCAUCUGCAGACAGCCUCCAGCCGAGCGUUUCUUGAUCUCGAUUAGCAUUCUAACAGUUCUUCAUCGUUCAGCACGAUCCUCUUUUUACACCUACUCAUACGCACGCAGUCAUGGCUGAACCAGGGUUUGAACCGGUCCGACCUGGCAAUCCAGCUCUGCACGAAGAUAUGGCUGAAAUCAAUUCAUGUCUUCCCGCCGUCCUAACCCUCUGCGACGAAGCAAGUGACAAGCUCAAAGAUCACGACGCUGUCCUUCAAAAAGACCCACAAUCCGAUUCUAGUCUCUUCCUCCCCUGGACAGAAGACAUCACAGCCUUGCGCACGAUGGCAGACAUUGCACGAGCAGGUACCAAGCUCCCACCAACCGAGAGCAUGGGUAAAGUGGCUAUUACACUGCGAAGAAUGGCCGAAAUCAAAGAUACCUUGCGAAUUAUAGGACUGGUACCAGAUCUCGAAAUCGAAGACGUUUGGAAACUUAAGGAUCUUGUGCGGCACCUUGAUGAACUCUCGAACCUGUCAAAGGACGAGUCAGACGGCAGAAUCAUGAGCGGAGCUGAAGACGAAGCCAUGUAUCACACCUUCGAUGCGCUUGACGACAUCAAAACUCGGUGCCAAGAACGUCGCGCAGCUGCCGCAGCAAGAGAGGCGAAGGAGCAACAGGAAGAGACAUUGGGGAAGGAGUUACUGCAACAAGUUGAGACUGGCGGAGAACAUCCAACCAUGUUCAUGUCGAUGCCAAAUCCGAUUUGCGAGGAUGACGAAGAAUGGCUAGUUAUUAUGCAAGGUCGACAGGACCCUUCUGCAAAUAUGGCAUGCAAGACCUGGUCUUCGAGAGACUGAAAGAAACCUUACUGGUGUAACGGGCGAUAUCAACCAAGUGCUAUUCGAAGAAGUCCCUGGUGCAACGAUAAAGUCGAUGAGGUGAUAUUCGAAGUCUUGAAUGAUGAAGUCGAUCAUGCUUCAUAGUCCGGCUGUUUCUGGACAGACCUGACCAACAAAUCAGAUCAGGAAUGA